AUGUCUGAUAAAGCUCUGAAAAAGGAAUUGGAGUCAGGCAAUGAAUAUCGGAUGUUACAGUCGAGCGACGAGAGUAUUCGGGAGAGGAUAGGAAUUUUGGAGAAGGCUAGAGUAGAGAGAUCGAGAGGCGAAUUGAAUCUGGUGCAGGAUUUCAUGAUGCUCAAGGGAGUGCUAUUCAAGGUUAUCGACGGCAGGCGGUUAUUCGUGGUUUCGAACGCGAUGCGGAAAUAUAUCUUAGUCAUGGCACACGAUAAAGCUGGGCACUUCGGGAUGGAUGAAACCAUGGAAUUAAUUAGGCGCGUAUAUUGGUUUCCGAGAAUGCGCGAGUAUGUGGCGCACCAUUUGAAGAUGUGUAUCGAAUGCAUCUUCAACAAAGAGCAGUCGAGUCGUCGAGAAGGGAUGUGCAAUGUGAUUCGACCGGAACGGAGACCCUUCGAGAAAGUCUUUGUAGACCACGCAGUACCGGCAACUACAGCGGCAGGCUUAAUAAAAUUUCUAGAGAGGGUAUUCAUGACGUAUGGUAGGCCGACUAGAUUAGUCUCUGAUCGAGGUACUGCGCAUACGGCGAAAUCGUUCGAGGAGUUCCUUAUUGCGAAUGGGGUCAAGCACGUGCUCGUGAGCACGCAACAUCCCCAAAGUCAGGGACAGGCAGUAGAGGAAGUUCAGGAGAAGGUUUGGACCCCGGCGAGGGAGGUUCAGGAAGCAGUUAUCGAGCAAAUCGAGAAAGCUCAGGAUCGCUAUGCUUACUAUUACGAUAGGAAACGACGACCUCAUUAA